UUAUUAUUUUAUUAUUAUGAAUAAAUGAACCUGUUGCAUUAGGUGCUCAAUAGAUUUAUUUUGACAAUAAAUUACUGUUGCAUUAGGCUAAAACGCGUUGCAUUAUUUCUUUAAGCCAACAUAGAAAACCGUCGCAUUAGCUAAAAUAACCGUAGCAUUAGCUAAAAUACCCGUCGCAUUAGCUAAAAUAGUCGUCGCAUUAGCUACAGAUCUAAUGCGACACCCCAUCUAAGGACAGUCGCAUUAGAUGCUUAUCUAAUGCGACGGUAUUAAUUUCCCGUUGCAUUAGGUCACUGAUCGUCGCAUUAGGCCUAAUGCAACGCCACCGGAUGCAAGGGUCAUUUGUCAUCGCAUUAGGUCUAAUGCGACGGAUUUUGAUUCCUAAUGCAACGAUUUUAGGCGUUGUAUCUGAUAAGAAAUGUAGUAGUGUGCGCUAGACAAACAGUUUGGAAAAUUCUUGGAAGUGGUAAAAAACUUGCAGGUAACGGUUCCUUUUACUGAAUUAAUUUUACAGGUUCCUGCAUAUGCUAAAUUCAUGAAAGAUAUUUUGACCAGGAAACGUGCUGUUUGUGAGAUAGAGACUGUAGCUUUUACUGAGGAAUGUAGUGCCUAUUUGCAAAAUAAGUCUCCACCUAAACUUAAAGACCCCGGGAGUGUUUCCAUCCCUUGUAACAUUGGCACCGUAUUUAUUGAUAAAGCUUUGUGUGAUUUAGGUGUUAGUGUGUCUGUUAUGCCCUUGUCUGUCUGUACUAAACUGAAUAUGGGUGAGCUUAAGGUUACCAAUAUCACUCUGUAAAUGGCCGACCGUUCUGUCAAAUACCCCUUAGGUGUUUUAGAGGACGUCCCUGUUAGAGUAGGUAAGUUCUAUAUACCUGUAGACUUUGUGGUACUAGACAUGCAGUAGGACUCACAAAUUCCCAUUAUCUUAGGUAGACCCUUCCUUCACAUGGCGGGGGCGGUCAUUGAUGUUAAAAGUGGGAAAUUGACUUUGUCUGUUGGGGAUGAUAAGGUGACUUUUAAUCUGAAUAGUGCCUUAAAGAGUCCCAUGCUAGAGGAAGAACAAUGCUAUCGAAUUGAUGUAGUUGAUUUUAUUAUGCGUGAUAACGUCUCCCAAGUUCUCGAAAGGGAUCCUUUGGAGGCAGUGCUUUGUUGUGAAUCUUCUGCAAGUGAUAGCAGUUAUUGGAGUGCCGAAGUGGAUGCUCUAGAGUUGGCUCUUGAUGGGGGAGGGUCUGAACCAGAGAGCACCAAAUUGAAGAGGUUAGUUCGGUCGGUUUGUCCUGUUAAAGAGGUAAAGAAACCCGAACUUAAGCCUCUUCCUGCUAACCUUAAAUAUGUAUUUUUGGAUGAUGAACAACUUUUCCCUGUAAUCGUCAGUACUGCACUUGAUGCAGACCAGUUGUCCUAACUUCUUACUGUGUUGAAAAAGCACAAAAAGGCCAUUGGGUACAAUAUUGAUGAUUUAAAGGGUAUUAGCCCUAACUUUUGCAUUCAUAGGAUACAUCUAGAUGAAAAUCACAAACCAUGCAUUGAACCCCAACGUCGUUUGAACCCCGUCAUGCAAGAUGUUGUGAAAGCUGAAGUUAUGAAAUUGCUUGAUGCGGGUAUUGUCUAUGCUAUGUCUGAUUCUAAGUGGGUGAGUCCUGUUCAGGUAGUGCCUAAGAAAUGGGGGACAACUGUGGUUAGAAAUGAGAAAAAUGAGUUGAUACCAACUAGGGUAGUCACAGGUUGGCGCAUGUGUAUUGAUUAUAGGCGCCUAAAUGUGGCUACUAAAAAAGACCACUUUCCCCUUCCCUUUAUUGAUAAAAUGUUAGAAAGGCUAGCCUGUCACAAGUUUUUCUGUUAUCUGGAUGGUUAUUCUGGUUUCUUUCAAAUUCCCAUACAUCCAGACGACCAGGAAAAUACCACCUUCACCUGUCCCUAUGGUACCUUUGCAUAUCGUAGGAUGCCCUUUGGUCUGUGUAAUGCACCUGCUACUUUCCAACGUUGCAUGAUGAGCAUCUUUUCUGAGUUUAUUGAGUCUAUUAUGGAAGUGUUUAUGGAUGACUUUAGUGUCUAUGGUACUUCUUUUGAUUCUUGUUUACUAAAUCUGACUAAAGUAUUGAAAAGGUGUGAAGAGUGUAAUCUAGUCCUGAAUUGGGAAAAGUGUCAUUUCAUGGUUACUGAAGGUGUGGUCUUGGGGCAUUUAAUAUCUGAUAAGAUCAUUCAGGUGGAUCGAGCUAAGGUCCAAGUGAUUGAACAAUUGCCCCCUCCAGUUAAUGUGGAUCGAGCUAAGCCUAGGCUUAUUCGAUGGAUACUACUGCUAUAGGAGUUUGAUCUGGAGAUUCGCGAUAAGAAAGGGGUUGAGAAUGUAGUUGCAGAUCACUUGUGUAGAUUGAGAUAUGAUGAUGGUAAAGUGUCUAAACCGAUCGAUGAUUCAUUCCCGGAUGAUCACUUACUUGCACUUGCCAGUCAGUCACCAUAGUUCGCAGAUUUUGCAAACUACAUUGUAGGGGGUAUUUUUCUGGCCAAUCUUACAUAUCAACAGAAGAAGAAGUUCCUACAUGAUGUUCGGUUCUACUUUUGGGAUGACCCUUAUUUGUUUCGUGAGACCGCCGAAGGUUUGUACAAGCGAUGUGUUCCAGAAUGGGAAGUCUAGGACAUUAUCAGUAGGUGUCAUUUUUCACCUUAUGGUGGUCACCAUGGACCGUCAAAGACCAAUGCUAAGUUGUCGCAGUGCGGUUUCUACUGGCCUACUAUGUUCAAUGAUGCACAAGCUUUCAUUAUGGCUUGUGAUGCGUGCCAGAGGGCCGACACUAUUUCGAGGAGGUAUGAGAUGCCACAGAACGGGAUUCUUGAGGUUGAGGUUUUCGAUGUUUGGGAAAUUGACUACAUGGGACCGUUCCCAUCGUCCAAGGGUAAUCUGUAUAUCCUUGUUGCUGUAGAUUAUGUGUCCAAGUGGGUAGAAGCCGUUGCCUCACCUACUAAUGAUGCCAAGACAGUCAUUUCUCUGUUCAAGAAAGUCCUUUUUCCUAGAUUUGGGGUUCCGCGAGCUUUGAUUAGUGAUGGAGGGUCACACUUCCAUGAGAAGCAUCUGGAUGCACUCCUGCGCAAGUAUGGGGUUUAUCACCGCACUGGGCUAGCCUACCACUCUCAGACGAGUGGGCAAGUUGAGGUCUCUAAUCGGGAGAUCAAAUCUAUCAUUGAGAAAGUGGUGGCAAAGUUUAGGAAGGAUUGGAGCGAUAAGCUGGAUGAUACUCUGUGGGCAUAUAGAACCGCCUUUAAGACACCUAUUGGUACCUCCCCGUAUCGAUUGGUGUAUGGCAAGGCGUGUCAUUUACCGGUAGAAAUUGGAGUACAAGGCUUAUUGGGCAAUCAAAUAGCUCAACAUGGAUGCAAAGUUAGCCGGUGAGAAGCGGUUACUUCAACUGAGUGAGCUAGAUGAAUUCCGAUUACAAGCUUAUGAUCGUGCUCGGAUUUACAUGGAAAAGACUAAGCGGUGGCACGACAAUCACAUUCUGCAUUGAGAGUUCGCGGUGGGCGACAAGGUUCUACUAUUCAACUCUAGGCUUAAGUUGUUUCCUGGAAAACUUAAGUCUAGAUGGUCGGGGCCGUUCACCGUGACUAUGGUAAGCAAGUUUAGGUCAGUUGAAGUAGAAAACAAUAAUGGUGAGCGAUUCAAAGUCAAUGGGCAACGUCUGAAGUUGUACCAUGAUGGGCUGCUGUAGGAGUGGUUGAGGUUCAUCACCUAAAUCCCUCCGCCCCAUGAACUGCAUAUUCAAGGUAAUGAGGUCGAGCGGGACCUAGAAAUAAACCAGCGCUUUGCGGGAGGCAACCCGUAUUUUAUUUGUUUAGUAGUAUAAUUUUCAAUUUUCGCUCUCUUUUGUGUGUUUUGUUAGUGUUUUCCCCUACCUAAAUGUGUUUCAGUAUAGUUUUUGGUGUUGGAGAGGUGAGAAGAGGGAAUUACGCUGUUUGGGUGUUUAAUAGUGUGCAGGCCUGAAGAUCCAAGUCGAAAAAGUGAAAUUCUAGUUGAUACGGAGCAUACUGCAAACCGCCCGACCCGGAUAGGGCGAGGUGCGCCCGAUCGGGCGCGUGUCGACAUCAGCAAAAUCCCUGAAAAUCGCCCGAUCGGGCGAUGGAUGCCCGAUCGGGCCGCCUGUCAGAGUAAAAUGCCCGACCGGGCGAAGGUCCGCCCGAUCGGGCGCGUACUGAAAGUUGAGAAGACCUUAAUUUUUGCCCGACCCGACAAUGGUUGCCCGAUCGACUCGUUUGGCGAGUAGGAUGCCCGAUCGGGCGGUGUGCGAUGAGGUCAAUUUGAAGUCAGGGGUAAAAUCUGGGUAAGAGAAGAAGUCAAAAGCUCGUUUCGCAUAUCGCCCGAUCCGGAUCGGGCGAGGUGUCCCCGAUCGGGCGCGCAUAGACGAUUUCAGAAAUGUAUUAUUUCGCCCGAUCGGGCGAGCUGCUGCCUGAUCGGGCGUCGGGCGAUUUCAUCGAACCUAUGCACGAGAUCCCCUUUCUUUCAUUCCCUCUCAUCUUCUUCAACCUAAGCUUUCUCUCUCUUCCUCCAUUAAACCCCAAUCUCACAAAACUUCCAACCCUCAUAUCUCACUCAAUUCUUCACCAAAUUCAACACACCAUACAUCAAAAUCUUCCUAUCAUCAUCCUCUACAACCUACACCUAACUAAUUUCAGAUUUCUCCACCCUCCAUAAAAUCCCCAAAUUCCACCAAAAACCCCAAAAACCUCAAAAAUUCAGAUUUUCUUCCAUGGCUUACCGUCCUAAGAGGAAUUGCACCAUGCAAGCAAGGAACCAGCACGAGGCUUCUACAAGCCGAGCUCGUGAACCGAAACCACCACUGCCCCCGCCCCAGUUCGAAGCCGGCCGGGAUUUUCCGAACGUUAUCUUUGCUAUGGACUGGCAAUGGGAUCGGUUCGUCCAUCUCAAAAAGAGGGAGGUAAUUCCUACCCGCUUUAUCUGUCAAAAAUCUUUGCACGAUAUGGGUCUUGAACAGGAUGUGAAACGAGUUUUUUAUGGUGUUGGUAUGAGGAAUAUGUAUAGCAUGUUGCGUCUUACAUUUAGGCGACUGACUUUGGAGUUUCUGAGUUCUUUGCAUUUACGUAAAGAUGGUUAUAGGAAUGUGUCUUCGGUUCAUUUUCGUUUGAUGAACAUUGAUGUUCAUUUGAGUCUUGCUGACUUUGGUGGGAUUUUUGGAUUGUCCACUACCCCUAGUAGGAAGCCUGGUAGUGCCCAUAAUAAUUGUGAAAUGUGGGGAAAGCUGACCGGUAAUAGUGAUCCCGAUAGUAUGCAACACUUGCAUGCUUCCAAGAUACAACACCCUGUCCCCAUUGUAUUCUACAGGUUCCUGGGGUUCACCAUAUUUGGUAGAGAGGAGACUCAGAAUGUUAGGAGUACGGAGCUGGAGAUUUUGGGUGGCUAUGUUCUAGAGGGGGAAGCGAGGUAUAAAAUGAACUUAGCCCAUCAUAUGGCUUCCCAACUUUAUUCAAUAGCCACUAGCUCGCACACCACUCGCAUCACCAUUGGUGGGUUGAUCACCCACAUUGCCAUGGCCACGGUAAACUUUGUUGAGGCUAACCAAACUCCGGUUUUGGGUAGCAACUUACUAGACUUGGCCUAUUUUGCUGGGCUUUGCCGCUUGCAGGGUGAGCAUGGGUUGUAUCGGCCGGGUGCCAUGUAUUGGAUGUUCGAGGGGAACAGGUUUUUCUCCUUGCCUGACCCUCAAGGCCACACCCGUUUCAGACCCGGCCAGGCUCAUUAUCUGUAUGUUGGAGUCGAGCAAGAGCAGGAACCUAAACCCAAGCCUGACCCACAACCAAAGCCCCACCAGUUUCAGCCCGAGCCUCGCACCUACUUUAGGAGGGGGCGUCGAGGGGAUGAGGGGAGGCCACAGGGUGGCCUGACACCAGAAGAGGAGCAGGGGUCCAUUCAUGAGAGGUUGGGCAGGCUUGAGAUCGGUUUUCAUGAGUGUGCGAGUGAUCACCAAAGGGCCAUGUUCCCUAUCUAUGAUCAGUAUGCCAGGCAGGGCUAUAUUGCUCAGGAUGCCCAGCACCCUUCCUGGUUUGCCUAUCCCGCGGGGGGAUAUGGAGCUCCCGGUUCCAUGGGCACCUUCACACUCACCCACUACGGUGGGUAUGGAGCGGGCCCUAGCGGUCAUGGUGGUCGAGGUGGUGAUGAUGGUGAUGAUGGUCAAGGCCAUCAAUGAUGCUGAGGAUGAUCGAGAUGGUUCGAUACCCCUUGAGCCAAUGAGGACAUUGUCUGAUUUAGCUUGGGGGGGUGUUUCACUUCACUUACCUGUACAUAUUAGGGACUAAGGAGAAGUAGAAGACUUGAUAAAGGCGAGACGGAUCUACGCGUGGGAAAUGGAGCACAGAUUGCUACAUUAGCCUUAGGAUCUUAUUUUAUUUCUUUGCCUAGUGGUUUUGUUUUGGAACUAGAAUACUGUUACUAUGUUCCUAGUAUCACCAGAAACAUUAUUUCCGUUUCAAGUUUGGAUUCUAAAGGUUUUAUUUUUCAAUUUAAAGACAAUAGUUGUUCUUUUGCUUUGAAUGGAACGUUUUUGGGUUCAGCAUAACAAGAAAAUGGUCUA